CCGCUGAGCGAUGUUUUGAAGGGGAAAUGGGUUCAGAUUUCUUUGAUGGGGACGGAAGGGGGAAGUAAAUAAUUGAAAUGCCUGUAAUAUCUGGCAAUAUACAUUAAGCGACUAAGCAACCAACACCCAUGCCGUUUCCUUGCUCCUGAAAAAAGUCGUCUGGAUAACCUCCUGGAUUCGUAAGACUGAAGUUUGAAUCCCGUCCACUCCUGUCUUUGUUAACGUACAGUAGUCGUACAGGGGACGUCCGUAAUAAAGUAUAGAAUAAAUGACAGUACCUUUGACAUGAAUAGCUUACAAUUUUAAGGACUUUAUGUUUGCUAGUCUUUACCGUUCUAUUAAAUGUAUGGCUACCAGGCGAUGGAUAGCAGAGGGUCACAGUCUGGUUUGUGCGAACAAAGGAUGUGUUAACUUGACCGAAACGGAUCAAUGUGUAUAUUAUCAAUAGCGCGUUUUCCAAAAGCGGAAAUAAAGGACUCGCUAUCUGGAAGUGGCCAUUUAUGUGGCUAGAGUUAUAAAAAUCGCACGAAAGAAGAUGGCAGCAACUAAAGGCAAAGCUGGACUAAAUAACGAAAGCAGUUCUGGUCGGGAUAGCGGCAGAACAGACGCAGGCAGUCCCACGUUAUCCGCAGGGGCCGCAUCCCUGACCGCCAACAGGACCUACACGCUGGAUGACCUGGACACCAUCGCCACUGUCGGUACAGGAACCUUUGGAAGGGUAUUUCUGGUGAAGGAUAAAAAGACGAGAGGUUUUUUCGCUCUGAAGGCGAUGAAAAUCCCAGAUGUAAUACGUCUGAAACAAGAGCAACACGUGCAUAAUGAGAAAGAGGUUCUGACGGAGGUGAACCAUCCUUUCCUUGUCAGACUGUUCUGGACGCACCACGAUGAUCGUUUUCUGUACAUGUUGAUGGAGUACGUGAAUGGCGGUGAGCUCUUCAGCUAUUUACGCAGUCGAGGACGUUUCAGUAACAGCACAGGAAUGUUUUACUCAGCCGAAAUUGUCUGCGCCAUUGAAUACCUUCACUCCAAAGAAAUUGUCUACAGAGACCUGAAACCAGAGAAUAUACUGCUGGACAGUGAGGGGCACAUUCGACUGACAGAUUUCGGGUUCGCUAAAAAGCUUUCGGAAAGGACAUGGACUUUAUGUGGUACUCCUGAGUAUUUGGCUCCAGAAGUGAUCCAAAGUAAAGGUCACGGGCGAGCAGUGGACUGGUGGGCUUUGGGUGUUCUCAUCUUUGAAAUGCUUGCAGGGUAUCCACCAUUUUUUGAUGAUAAUCCCUUUGGCAUCUACCAGAAGAUCCUGUCUGGAAAGCUGGAGUUUCCACGGCAUCUGGAUUUCUAUGUAAAGGACCUAAUCAAGAAGUUUCUGGUGAUUGAUCGGGCAAGAAGGCUUGGAAACAUGAAGAAUGGAGCUGAUGAUGUGAAGAAGCACAGAUGGUUUAAGUCAGUAGACUGGGAUUCUGUGCCCUGUAGAAAACUCAAGCCACCCAUAGUUCCCAAAGUAUCUCACGAGGGUGACACGUCUAACUUCGACACAUAUCCAGAGGAUGAGUGGAAGAAGGACACGCCAGUACCAGCUAAGGAUCUGGAAAUUUUCAAGAACUUCUGAAAAAAAGAUCUUUUUAAUGAAUAAAAAGACAGGACUGGUAGAAGUUAAUGAUUUAGAGCUGAAGUUUUCACCUAAUCCUUCAGGGGACAUUAAAAGGUCAUAGUUGCAUUAUUAUAGGCAUGUCUUGCCUGCUUGUCCCUGAGUCCUGCACACUUGAGAAACAGAAACAGACUUCUUUCGAUCAUCAUUAUUGUCAAUAUAAUCAUGGUCAAACAAUUACAGAGAAAACGGUUCAUCACUUCAGCAUCAUCUAGUGGGUGAUCGGCAACUUGAUUCAACACCCUCUCUUAUAUUAUGCAAAAGUAAUGUUUUUAAAGAUUUUAAAUAAGCAAUAUCAAGGUUCUGUUCAAUGUUCUUUUUGUUGGAUCAAAACAGUGUCUUCGCUUAUGCCUAAACAUGUAUGGUCAUGGUUGUGUUUUGGCUUUAUAUCUCAAAAAGCUUGCUGAAUUAGAGCUUUAAGCCUGACAAAUUUAGGUUUCUGGUUAUCUGAACUUGCUGUGUUGAUCCUUUCCUCCCACGUGGUAUUGCUAUAUAAGUUUCGUAACAUUAGGCCUGUUUCACACUGCACUCUCGAGCAGGCAUGUAAACAAAGCAAAAGCGUAACUGCAGCAUUAUGCUUUUAUACUAGCAGUGUUUUUUGAGUGUAACAACCUAGUAGGUCUAUACAAAAAAAUCCAUAGACUAUGUAAUUGGCGGCAAUGCAUUUUAAAAUGGUAUUAUUAAAAACAAAACCAAGAAUAAGACUACUAAAUUUAUAGUCUGCAGUGUCAUUUACAUUUGGUUGUUAUUAAUCUACAGAACCCAAACUCCAAACUAGAACGGUGACUUGGGUUCAGUCAUAUUUACCUAACAGAAAGUGCUGCUGUGUGUGUGUGUGUGUGUGUGUGUGUGUUUGUUUGUGAUAGUUCACUCCUGUUUUGGAUUUUUUUGUAUACUGUAACCUUUUGGUGUUGUAUGUAGACCCAUCAGAAAAAAAAAAACGCUUUGGCAAAUUAAUUGUUACAUCAAGUCAUAAUUAUGAGAGGGAAGUGGUCGGAAUUGUUAGUUAAAAAGCUAUAAUUAUGAGAUUAGACAAGUUAACCCUUAAAUGCAUGAAUUUAUUGUCAUCAUUAUUGUAUAUCCAGGUCUUUAGCGAUCCAGACCUAUUUAUUUCAGCACGGCACGGAUGGAUCUCUAACUGCUGCAAUAGCAAAACAAUUUUUUUUAAGGUCAGUUACAGAAAAAUAAAAUAAAGCAUUUGUUGUUACCUUUUCAAACUUUUCAAAAGGAAUAGUUCACCCCAAAAUGAAAACUGUGUCAUCAUUUAUGUAUGAAUUUCUUUGUUCUGCUGAACACAAAGAAUAUUUUGAAAAAGUCUGUAACCAGGCUGUUUUGGGUCACCAUUUACUUCCAUAGUAUUUUUUUUCCUGCUGUGGAAGUCAGUGGAGACCAAAACAGACUUGAUGUCUAACUUUAAAAAAUGAAAGAGGGACAAUGAUGCCUUAGGUCUCUAAAGACCCACGGUAUGCAUUUAAAGGUUACAUUUGUCACAACUUCAACUGUUUGUGACUUUAUAUCUAAAUUUUGACUUUAACAUAAAUUAUUACAAGUCAUGACAGAAUUUUGAAAUAAUUCAAUUUUUAAUACAUUUUUUGUAUGAUUUCCAGUUCCCUCAGUUUCAACUUGUCAUAACAGUUUAUCUCAUAAUAUGAGAUUUUUGACUUUUUGUCAUUAUUUAAGCUUUUUAUCAUUUGAAUUUUUACUUCUACUUUCAUCUCAUAAUUUUAUCUUGUAACAGUUUCUUUGUCAUAAUUGCAAGCUUGUAUUUCAUAAUUUGUUUUAUUUAUAAUUUAGGCACUUUGUCCUUCAUUUUAUUUACCAA